AUGUGUUCACACACAAAUCCAGCAGUCAUCAUGUCAACAGCGUUAGAUUCAGAGGUCAUGAAUUUUGACAAUGUUGAAUAUUCUACUAUUGUUUGUCUUGAUGUAGAUAUCGAUAGUAGCAAACUGAAUAAUGAUCAAUUCGAUUUGAAAAAGUUUGACAAUGUUGACCAAUGUAUUAAUUAUAUUUCGUCUGUUCAAACUGAUCAAAGUGUUAUUCUUGUUAUAUCGUACACUUAUUGUGACUUCAUCCUUCCAUCUCUCGAUGAACUAACACAAAUUAUCUCAACUUAUAUUGUUGUCAAUGAUUCAUCUGCCAUUAAUCAAAUAUCAACAUCCAAUAUUAUCUAUGUUCAUAAAAAUGAUGAUAUACUCGCCAAAAUUGUUAAAGAUUUUGAAUUAAAAACAUUAGAUCAAUCAAAAAAAUAUUUUGUCAGUGUUUACACGUGUAUUUAUGAACCAAUCAUUAUUGAAAUUCCAUCAGAACAUAUAACAGUUGAACAAUUUGUUGAAUUGAUAACCAUUACAUUUCGUAGACAACAAUGUAUUAUUUAUGACAAAAAUCUAUCACUUUUCUAUCUUGACAAUGAAAUUAAUUCUGAAAAUAAUCAACAGUUAUCCCUAUCAGAUAUUCAUUUACCUCUAAAAUCGAUUAUCUUAGAAAAGAAUUUAACAAUUACUGAUGUUUUUCCAACUACUCGACAUACAACAGUUCUCUAUGUUAAAAAUGAUCAAACAUCUAAAAUAUUUGAACAACUUUAUCAGUUUAAACAUCAAUCAAUCAAAGACGAAAAUAAACUUGAAUUUCCGUCAAUGUUAAGCUUUGCAGAACGUCAGUUUAUUCAUGUGAUUUCUGCACAAUUAGAAUUACAUCAUCAAUCUACAGGAAAAAAUUCUAAUCGAAAAAUAUGUGUAUCACAUCAAAAAUCAAAACCAGAAUCAAAAUCCGUACAACAAUCUACUACUAUUUCACAAGGAAAACAGAGAAAAUAUCACAAAAUUUCUAGAGGUAUGAGUAUAGUUGUUGAAAAUUUUCUUUAUUUGGGUUCAGGUAAAGAUGCAAAUGAUAUUGAACAAUUAUUAGAAAAUAAAAUUACACAUAUUUUAAAUUGUACACUUGAGUGGGCAAUUAAUCCUGCUCUACCGGAACAUAUAAAAGUAAAAAAAAUUCCACUCAAAGAUAUUACCGAAGAAAAUAUUAGUGAACAAUUUGAUAUUGUCUAUGAUUUUUUAAAUGAAAUUAAACAACAAGGUGGACGUGUAUUAAUUCAUUGUGUUGUGGGUCGUUCAAGAUCAGCAUCACUUGUUUUAAGUUAUUUAAUGAAAGCAGAAAAAAUGAAUUUAGGUGAAGCAUAUGCAUAUUUGUUAAAUUGUCGUAAUCAGAUUAAACCAAAUGAUAGUUUUAUAAAACAAUUAAUGUUUUAUGAAUAUAAACUUUAUGAAGGACAAUGUACAAAUCUAAAUGAUAUGCAUUCGACAAGUCUUGAGUGGACAUUUACAAAAUCGUUAAAUAUGACAAAAGAAGAAUUAAAUAAUCUAGAAGAAUUUAGAAAACUAAAUACUGAAAAUGUUAAUUAUGAAUCUGAACGUCUUGUAUCAUUUGAUCAGUUAGAAAUGAUUGUACAAAAUAACUUAAAUGGACAGAUAAAUAAACAAGACAUGGGAAAAUUUAUGAAAAAUGUUGAAAAACUAUAUCAAAAUGAUAUAGAACAAAGUAAUUUGCCCAAAACUGAUUUUGCAAAUGCUAUCAAAACAAGAGCGAGAAAAUGGUAUCUCGAACAAAUUUCAAAUCGACCGAUCGACAAAUAG